AUGUUACGGCAGGCAAAGUAUGCAACCUGUAGUGAGAAUCACGGUAUCCGUCCGCCUGCUCCUGAGCAGUAUCUUACCCCACUGCAGCAGAAGGAAGUGUGUAUUCGCCACUUACAAGCUCGGCUGAAAGAAAAUGUGGAGAGGCUUCAGGACCGUGCUGAGAUCGAGGAGUUACGGAUGCAGCUGACUCGGAUGCAGGACGAUUGGAUCGAGGAGGAAUGUCAUCGCAUAGAGGCCCAGCUGGCCCUGAAAGAGGCCCGGAAGGAGAUUCGGCAGCUUCAGCAGGCUGUGGAAACCGUUAGGUCCAAUCUGGGGCCCCAUGAGGUAGAUCAACAGGACUGUAAAUCUGAAGGUCUAGGCGUCGGUAGGAUAGGCCCACGAUUUGGGGCAUCCAGGUCUUGUGGCUGCUCUCCGGCCCACACCAUGAGCCGCAGCGCCACCUUCACCAGGCUGAGCAGUGACACGUCACCUGGUGCUACAGAUCGCAAUGGAAAUGUACGUUCUGAUCGCUACAUUCCCGCCAACAGAGGGGCGAUGACGUUACCAAGAGGGGACGGACGUACUCCUCUACUUCUAGAAGCAGCUCUACUGUCUGAGCAAGUUCCUCACGCAACGCUAUGCUCCACUUUGUCACGAUCCUCCACCGGCGAGAGAUUGUGCAGCGGAGAGACGGUGUUGCCUGUUAGCCGAUCCUGCCAUGCUGUUAACAACAACUGCAGCUGUGCUCCACAUGCCUACCUCCCACCCCACCAUUUGUUUUUGCACCUCCCACAGGAGGAAGCACCACCUCCUCCUCCGCUGCCUCCUCCACAACCGCCAACAGCACCCCCUAGUGCAUCGGUCAGUGACAGGCCAGGGUAUCGGUCACAGGCCUGCAGCCCCACCACAACCUGGAUCGCCAAAGAGGGCGCAGGUGAGGAAUUGAGCAUCAUCACUUCAGCAACUUGCGCGCCAGACGUUACUCUAGCUGAACCACAGGUGUUUUCGCCAUCCUCUGCAACUACUUCCCCUGCUCAGCUGUCUUACAUCACAGAAACUUUGCCGCUAGACAACACAGUUGAAAUUACAUCAACAACAAUGGCGACAGUGUUGAUGAAGCCACAGGUUCAACAACCUAGUCCCAGAGCGUCACCACCUUUCGACCAACCACCACAGGAAGAAGUGGUAGUAAGGGUCAGUGGUGAAGAUGGGAUGGGGGAGGACACAGAAUCAGCUCCCCCUCAGAGGAGCCACUGGAGCCGUUAUUUCCUGAUUGACCUCUUAGCGGUGGCCGUUCCUGUAGUUCCCACACUGGCGUGGCUUUGCCGGGGGCCGCGGAAUGAAGGCAUGCCAGUGUACAACAUGGGCUCCCUGUUGCGCGGCUGCUGUGCCGUUGCGCUGCACUCUUUAAGACGGGUUGGCCGCGGUCCCUCAGGAACAGGAAGAGCAACACCAAUCUGAUAACUUUAGCAUUACCGUACCAUCAAAGACUUUUAACUGGAUCUUGAGUGGACUCUUUGUCCUUGAUUUUCCCAGUAGUUAGUUUGUUUUUUGAACCAAGGAGGCCUAAAUCCGUCACACCAAUGCUUGUUUGGGACAAAGAUCGAGGGAAUGUGGCCCUAAUUUGCACAGGCACUCACAAGUUUCAAGGCUAUUGCUCAUUUCCACCAUUUGUUUUUCAUUUCCUCCCAUUCCUGGACGAAACUCAGCAGGCAGU